AUGGAAACAGCCAGCCUGAGUGGUUUGGCACGAUUGAUCAGUAACCGCUGCCCUCCACCGUCUUCUGAAAAUGCGAGGGACUUUUCAAAGAAGAUGGUGAGUAAAACAGAGGAAGAGCAAGUGAACAGAUUGGAGAUUCAAGUAGAGAAUGGAGGUGGAGGUGCUUGGGAAUACCUAUGCCUUGUGAGAAAGCUCAAGCUUAGACGCUCUGAUAGAGUCUUGAAAUUUGGAUUGUCCAUCCUCAAUGACCCCAAGAAAAGAUCCAAUCUCGGCCCUGAAGAGUGGACGCUUUAUGAAGAAGUAGCUGUUGCUGCUAUGGACUGCCAAUGUCUUGAUGUGGCAAAGGACUGUACCAAGAUUCUACAAAAUAAGUUUCCUGGAAGCAACAGGGUUGGUAGGCUAGAAGCGAUGUUGCUAGAAGCAAAAGGAUCAUGGGAAGAGGCAGAAAAAGCUUACUUGAGCCUUUUGGAGGAAAACCCGCUUGAUCAGGUAAUACACAAGAGGAAAACAGCUAUGGCUAAAGCACAAGGGAAUAUUCCUCAAGCAGUUGAAUGUCUCAAUAAAUAUCUUGAAAUAUUCAUGGCAGAUCAUGAUGCCUGGAGGGAACUUGCUGAAAUAUACAUGUCUCUGCAAAUGUAUAAGCAAGCAGCUUUCUGCUAUGAAGAGCUCAUUUUAGCGCAACCAACAGUCCCAUUAUAUCACUUGGCCUAUGCUGAUGUGCUCUACACUCUUGGUGGCCUAGAAAAUCUUCAGAUAGCUAAAAAAUAUUACAGUUCUGCGGUAGAGUUGACUGGUGGAAAGAAUACACGAGCUCUAUUCGGUAUAUGUCUGUGUUCUUUUGCUAUUGGACAACUUACGAAAGGCCGGAACAAGGAAGACAAGGAAAACUCAGAGCUGCAAUCUCUUUCUGCAUUGGCACUAGAGAAAGAGUAUAAACAGAGGAAUCCAAGCAAAAAUGCCCUGCUUACUGCUACCUUGAAAAGCUUGAAGUUGUCUUCAUAA